AUGGCUAAGCGCAUGUUACCAUUUCGGGAUCUCUUGAAGCCAGGAACUGCUUUCCAGUGGAAUGAACACCUUCAGACAUUAUUUGAGGAGUCAAAAGUACAGAUUGUAAGAGAAAUUGAAGACGGUGUUCGUAUCUUUGACCCUGACAGACCCACAUGUUUGACAACUGGCAGGUCCAAAUCAGGUAUCGGGUUCUGGCACCUUCAGAAACACUGUACAUGUGAGAAGGCAGAACCUUUUUUCUGUCCAUCCGAAUGGAAGAUCACACUUGUCGGCAGCAGAUUUACUCAUCCAUUGGAGUCUCGCUAUGCACCUAUUGAGGGUGAGGCACUAGCAGUUGCAGAUUCCCUGGACAAGGCCAGAUAUUUCAUAUUAGGAUGCAAGGACCUAACCAUUGCAGUUGACCAUAAACCACUUCUCAAGAUCUUCGGUGACCGAUCUCUUGAAGACAUUUCAAACAAUCGUCUGAGAAACUUAAAGGAGAAAACACUCCGAUACAGAUUCUGUAUGGUCCAUAUCCCUGGUGUCAAACAUCGUGCUACAGACUGUCUUUCACGCCAUCCUAUUAGGGAUGCGGAGAAAUUUAUCUUGCCUUAUGAUGUUGCGCAAGAAACCAAUCACAGACUUUUAGAGAACCUUCAUCUGGAAAAUUCAAAUACUGAAUACAUCUGCAGUGCCAGAGAUGAAAUCAUGAGAUCAUCUGCUGUUGCAUCCCUGAACGCCCUUGGCCUGAAGUCGGUAACAUGGGACAGAGUUCGUGUAGCUACAGCCAGUGACCAAGAUUUGCUACUACUGUGUGAGAUCAUUGAAGGUGGAAUGCCACGGUACCGUCAUGAAGUACCAGAAUCUCUACGACAGUAUUUCCAGUACCGUGAAGGCUUGUCAACCACUGAUGGGGUUAUUUUGUACAAGGACCGUAUAGUUAUCCUGCAAUCACUAAGGAAGGAAGUCCUAGAUGCAUUACAUUCAGGCCAUCAAGGAGUAACAUCCAAGAUAGCUAGAGCUGAGACAUCUGUAUUUUGGCCAGGGAUAACGCCGGACAUAAAUGCUCUUCGUGCAAACUGCCAACAAUGCAACCGCAAUGCACCGUCCAACCCGAGUGCUCCACCAGUUCCACAAAUGAGCCCAGAGUAUCCCUUCCAGUGCAUCUGUACUGAUUACUUUACUUACUGUUGUAACCAUUACCUGGUGGUUGUGGACCGCUACUCAAACUGGCCAAUCGUAGACCAGUCAGCCGUUGGAGCUCAAGGACUGAAAACUUGUCUCAGACGCAUCUUUGUCACAUACCGGAUACCUGACGAACUUGCAUCUGACGGGGGACCAGAGCUCACAGCUACGACUACAAGGCAGUUCCUCAGAGACUGGGGUGUGCAUCAUAGAUUAUCCUCAGUAGCCUUCCCUCACAGUAACUGCAGAGCAGAGAUUGGAGUCAAGACAGUCAAGCGCCUUCUAAUGGACAAUACUAGCUCUUCUGGUGACGUUGACACAGACGCUUUCAAGCGUGCUAUGCUACAAUACAGAAAUACACCAGACAGAGACACGAAGCUCUCACCAGCCAUAUGCAUAUUUGGUUGA